AUGGAGGGUAUCGGCCAUGAUAUCACACACUCCACGACAGUCCACGGAGAACUCUUCUAUCCUGACUCUCCCUCCAACAUAUCACUCUCCAUUCUCAAAAAGAGAGACGGGCGUUGGGGCGACGUCACUCAGUACCCCUGCGACACUACCCUUGUGGACAGCCUCUUCAUCAUCGUAAGCGGCCUGUAUGCUAUGCUUGUCGUUGUGAUGGGUUGUGUGAUGCCUAUAGCGGAUAUAUUUGCUACAAAACCGAUGCCGUAUUUAUUUGAGGGGUUUUACAUAUAUCUUUAUUCUGUGAGCAUAAUAUUCCUUGUAUACGCCUACGUGUAUUUGCUGCAAAACAAGACAGUUCGUCUGCGCAAGAAGGUCAAACGACGGAUGAACUCACCGGAUUCAAAUGGGUCCACUUCCAGUCGGAAGCGGAAGUACUCAUUUGAUGUAUCCCGCACAUACAAUACCGGAAGUUUCUAUCUAAGAUUAGGAGCCGUAGCUUUUGGUGUUGGGAGUAUGAUACAGAGCGGCCUUCACUUUGGGCAGUUCUUUUACUCAGAGUCGUUCUCGUCCUGUAGUGACCCUGUCCACGGGGUCAGGCCUCUCCUACAGCUCAGCUUUACAUUUAUACAACUCUACUUUGUCUUCCUCAACUCUAAGAUGUGUAUACAUCGCUACAAGAGCCUGGCCAGGUUCGGACUCAUGCACAUGAUCGCAACUAACUUAUGUGUGUGGGUGGAGAAUAUUGUCCGGGAAACCCUGCGCGAAAUCGAAACCUAUAACGUCCGGCACGGGAACGUGGUCACGUGGAUAGAUCCGCACGUGUCUACCAAUGAUUCAGUAUCCAUGGUACAAAAUAGUUCAGUGGCGUCAGCCGGCAUCAUCCGAUGUAACGGAAACUCAUUGAUGAAGUCUGUUGUGGAGUCGUCUGGCCCCUAUCUCUACCCAUGCAGUGUCGAGUACAGUAUCAUCUGUGCAGGUAUUUUGUACGUGAUGUGGAAGAAUAUAGGACGAUUCCAGAUGGGUUACGAUGGCAAUGACGUACAAGACAUUGAAUCUAAGGUUAAGGCCCAGAGGAUCAACGUCGACUGUUCCGGAUCUAGUCGGGGUCUUUUCAUCGGAAUAUUUGUCUUAGUUGCCACUGUCAUAACCAUGAUAAUAUUUUUCGUUCUGAUUGGCUCGUUGUCAUAUUUGGAUACGGCUCUUAAAUUGGAACACCUUUCGGAAGUAGUCAUAUACGUUUUGACGUCGAUCGCCGUCAUCUUGGCGUUUCACCGAAUGCAGGCUUUACGUUACUCGAUUGAGAAGCAGAUAGACCUUGAAGAAAGCCUUCUCUUGGUUGGAGUGAUAGGAGAAUUUACGUUUGGAUUAUUUAGUAUCAUCGCUGCUGCCAUGGACAGUCAAGAAUCCAAUGGGUUCCUUGUCAUAUUAUCUAGUGUCCUGGGAAUGUUUCAGGCCACUCUUCAAACUGUGUUCCUUCUGCACGCGCUCCGGAAAUCCGCGGGAAAACGGGAGCACGAGCGACAGAAACCUGGUCGCGAGUUUGUGACAUUCUUGUUAGUGUGUAAUAUUGCUCUGUGGAGUAUUACUACGUUUGAGGUUUUGCGGUCUCAAGCUAACCCAAUGCAAUUGAACUAUUAUGGUGUUGUGGCUUGGAACAUUGUCAAUCAUGUGUCUAUCCCACUGACAAUAUUUUUCAGGUUUCACUCGACAGUGUGUUUGUCGAACAUAUGGAAAAAUGCUUGGAGGCGACGUUACCCUAGUGGUUAGAUUUCAGUAUCACAGACGAGAAAACCCAAAUCAUACCAUUUUGUCACUGCUUGGUGCUACAAAUUCAUCUUGUCAUGCCUAUACACCAGUAAUGUUCUUCAAUUCUCACCUGAAUGAAGAGAUUCAAUCGUAACAGUGACUAACCAUAAGGUCCAACCACGUGACUGCAUUGAGGCUUGUUGAUAUGACGUCAUCAUAAUCUUUAUGCAAAAUAAAGCCAACUAAAAGAAAAUCUAGAAAUUCAGGUCGCUAGUAUCUAUGUUCAACAAAAAGAAAGCUUAGAAGAUGGAUUUAUGUUGUCGAUAAUCUCGUCGGGCCAACAUCUUUACAGGAUACAGUACUAGAAGGUUUCACGUCGACAUUUUAAUUCAAUGCUAUAACAUGUUUUCAAAGUUGAACACUUUGAAACAAUCAAAAGUUUAGCAGUCCAUGAUGCUACAGAAAAUUAUCGGCCAAUAUUAGAUGUAAUCUUUUGUUAUCUUCUAUUGAAUUGUUUUCUAUGUAUUUGGUUGUGCAUC